UCCAUCUCCAGCAGCUCACACAGACCCAGGAGCCGCCGGCCUGUCAGGCACCCAUGGGCUCACUGGUGGCCAAACUCCUCCUGCCCACCCUCAGCACUUUGGUCUUUCUCCCCACCAUCAGCAUCGCGGCCAAGCGGCGCUUCCACAUGGAAGCCAUGGUCUACUUCUUCACCAUGUUCUUCGUGGCGAUUUACCAUGCGUGUGAUGGCCCUGGCUUAUCGGUGCUAUGUUUCAUGCGCUAUGACAUCCUGGAGUACUUCAGCAUCUAUGGGACAGCUCUGUCCAUCUGGGUGUCCCUGAUGGCCCUGGCCGAGUUUGAUGAACCAAAGAGAUCGACCUUCAUCAUGUUCGGCGUGCUCACCAUCGCUGUGAGGACCUACCAUGACCGCUGGGGAUACGGCAUCUACUCGGGACCCAUUGGGACAGCUGUGCUGGUGAUCACCGUGAAAUGGCUACAAAAGAUGAAGGAGAAGAAAGGGCUGUAUCCAGACAAGAGCGUCUACACCCAACAGAUCGGUCCUGGCUUCUGCUUCGGGGCAUUAGCACUGAUGCUGAGGUUCUUCUUUGAGGAGUGGGACUACACCUACGUGCACAGCUUCUACCACUGCGCCCUGGCCAUGGCCUUCGUGCUGCUGCUGCCCAAGGAGAACAAGAAGGCUGGGGGGGCUGGCAGCCCUGCCAGGCUCGACUGUUCCACGCUGUGCUGCUGCGUCUGAGCCCCCCGCAUGGUGCUUUGCUCCAGAGGAUCUUUGCCCACCAGCUCCAUACACACCCAGGGCUUUUCUUCUGUGGAAUGGUUUGCUCUUUCCACCAUCAGCCCCAGCUGAUGUGCUUUCACUUUGCUCAGUUCCCCUGGAGAAGCCUUUGCAUGGGGUGUGCCCCUGUGCCAGAGAGCUCUGCAUCACCCUGUGCGCUCUUGGCCACGUCACCUCCCCCUGUCCCCUCUGCUGGCCUGGGAGGACCAGAGCUUCAGGACCAGUUUGAGCACAUAGUUCUCUGUUUGUAACACCCAGAACCUUUUUGUGAGAUGUUUGUAUUUUUGUGAGAUAUUUACUAUUUUAUUUAUGCAUUCUCUUGAUGUAAAUAAUACUUAUUUGCAAAGACUUGGCAAAUGUGCAACACCAGCAUUUCUCAAGUGGUGCAAAUCCCCUCCCUGCUCAAUCCUGUCUUGCUCCAGCCCCAAACGCUUUGGGCACAGCCACCCCAUCCCCUGCCACACCAUUAGCUGCAGCUUUGGGUGCUUUGGCCAGGCCAGCAGGUGUGCUCAUAGCAAGCAUCCUUAGUAUGGGAAGCCCAAGGAAAAUGAGAAGGCACAGCAAAGCUCUCGGAGAGGGGGGAGGGCUGUAAGCCUCUAACAUCUCCUCUAACAGACUAUUUACUAUAGUAGAAGUGUAUGAUUUAUUUAGACUGUCUGGGAAAUACGCCAAGACUAUAUGUCAUGGACAAUUAGAGCAGU